GCCAGUGAGAGGAUUCUCUGCUCCGGGACGAUGGCAGGGAGGCUGGUUCGAAUCGCGGCGCUGGUGAUAACCUGGAGUGUCGCGGCUGCAACCCGCACGGUAGCCACAAAACAAAGAAACACCAUGGAGCGUGUUGAAGAAAACAUUAAACACCCCAACGUGCGAAAAAACAAGCAAAAAGUCUAUUAUUCUUGCGGUGCUGUGGUCAGUUCUGAGCCUGAAGGGAUUAUCCUGUCUCCUGGCUUUCCCAUGAGGUACACCGCAGGCACGCACUGCGUCUGGCAGUUCUUCGUCCCGCCUGGAGCUCGUCUCGACUUGGAAGUUUUUGACUUUGACGUGUUUGAGGGCCCAGGCGAUGAGGGCCGCCAAACCCCUGCGACAGAGAGUCAGGAGAAGGGAGACUCCAGUUCAGCUGAGGGUAGGGGUUCAGUGCGGGCCCAAGAGUCCCAGAAGCUGCAUUCACCCAUGAAGGACACCGGUCCUGGUGGGAGAGUCAAGAUCUUGUUGAAUGAGAUAAAUGCGUCAGAAUCAAAAGGUUCAAAGGUCGACCUCCUAGGCUCUGCAGACAAACAGACACAGAAAGAGUUGGUCAAGGUGUUGCCCCAAAUGAACAAUUUCUCAGUGAGUGACUCUCCACUUGACGCUGAUUUGGCGACGUCCGCCCUGAGUGUGGCCCCUGCUGAUGUCUCAAUGUCCAGUACUGAGCAGCAAGGUGGGGAGCAACUGGAAGUGGACCGUCUCGAGCUGCCUGAAGGGGAGGAAUCCCCCGGGACAAACGUCCCAGCCUCCGAACCUCCCGAGGUGUGUCCGGACGACGUUCUGUAUAUUUCCGAUCUGAUAACUUUCUCCGUCCGUUUCUGCGGUGACAACUCACCGGUGAACAAGACGCUGACCUUCGGCUCUCCCCUGGAGAUGGUGGAGGUGGUUGUGGAGCUGAUCACCACCACGGACCAGGGCCGAGGCUUUCUGCUGCUCUACCACUUUGAAAAUGACCUCGGCAAUGACCUCCAGAACCCGCUGAAGGUCAGAGGCCACGACAACCUGAUCCAUUUCCUGGUCAUUGGUGGCAUUGCUUUGUUAUUGGCCAUUCUCCUGACUGCUGUCUGCCGCAUCUGGAGGAGAAGGUCUCAUUAUAAAGGAAGGUGUUCCCACUGCUCAAGGAAUCGCGAGGUCGGGAUCCAGAAUUCUGCGGCUGAUAUUGGGGAGAUGCAGCUGGUACCCAAUGGGACACAUCAGGAUGAAAAUGAGAACAACAAUCACAGCGUCAGCCUGGGACGACAGGGUAAUUCCCUCCAAGCCGAGAUGGAAGUCGCCUCCACUGAGUCGGUGGUGACGGAGUCCGGGAGUGAUGAGAUCUUUGUGAUUUCUGCUGGUCCCAGCGUGGGCACUUUGCAUUUCUCCAGUUUUAAGACGAAGGUUUCCAAGAGGAGCUCGUCGAGCUCACCUACUGUCUGUGACUGGCUGGUGCCAGAUCUCCCACCUUCUGAAGAGAAGAACCCAGCGGUGGAUCGAGCAGGAGAUGACAGAGAGGAUUCUCCUUCCAGACAGCGAACGUGCUACACGCACAAACCCAGGGAUGCUCAGGGGCCACUGCCGAGAGAUUGGUAUGGCUGGGCUUCAACAGGACCACUUACUAAGCUGGUGGAGAAGUGUACCCCGGGCAACCUACCGAGUGACCACCGCACUGAGAAGCAGCGGAAGGUUAUGUCCGACAUGCAGUUAGAGGCAGACUGGGAACAACUGUGCACGGACUCGUCAGCGGGUGCAGCAUCGUACCCCCUCACCCGAUCCGCCCAGAGUCAACGCCAGCUCGCCUCGCCCACCAAUCUACGGCGGACCUGGUUUGGAAGUCCCUGCUUCGGCACCCGGCUGGGUGCCUCCCGACACGACUCCAGCGGGCCAAGGCAGGUGGCUCCGCGCGGUGUGGGCCCCAGGCCCCUGCUGGAGAGCGCCAUGUCGAAUGACAUCAUUCGGGGCUUCCAGAUUGAUGGGGCCAAAAGCAGGCACCGGGCACCUGAAUCUGAGCGAAUAAACCUGAUCAAACCGGCCUUUGUCAUUUCGGAGGCAAGUGAAGACCGCGAGCCUCUGGUCCGGGCUCCAGACACAGUCGGCCAAUCUGGCAACUUCGGCCCUUUCGAGGAACUGAAGCCGAACACAAGCAAUGCAGCUUCAGAGGGACAGGGGCUGACCCACGCUGUCCCCGGGGCAUCUUAAAUCGAUGCAGUCCCAACGUCAUGCAUCGUUCCAAUGAGGCACAACCAGUGCUUCCGGGAGACGAAGCGUCACCUCUGCACGUAGUGCACGACCACUACUCUGCACAGUCGCUGCAAACCCCACUUCACACGUCACCAGCCGUUGCUACACUGACCUACAGCGAGCCUCGUGGGCAAGUGGGAGUCCAAAGCAUUACCUUGCUGCUGUUGACAAGGAUUCGUUUCCCUGGGGCAGUGGUGCUGUGGGGAGAAGGCUCCAGUUUUUAUUGGUAGCCAAUUAGCUGGUUGUGCUACAAGGCUGCUUUGAAGCUCGUCAGAACAAAAGGCAACACAUCCCAAGGAUCAAGUGCCUCAUAGCUAGAGACAAAACCUCCACUUAAUGACUUCAGUGUCUUAUUGAAAAGCAAUACUACUGUUAAUACUGUGGCUUAAGCUAAUUGUAUAAAUUAGUAAUUGAUAGUGUUAAAUUCACUAAUAUUGGUUCAUUUAAGCAGAAAACACACCAAGUAGUUCUUUCAGUAAACGCCAUGAGACUACAGGAUAUAGGUGCAGAAUUAGGCCAUUUGUCCCAUCAAGUCUGCUCCACCAUUUCAUCGUGGCUGAUCCCUUCACCCCAUAUCCCUUCAUGCCCUGACCAAUCCAAGAAUCUAUCAACCUCUGCCUUAAAUAUACCCAAUGUCUUGGCCUCCACAGAUUCACUAUUCUCUGGCUAAAGAAAUUCCUCCUCAUCUCCUUUCUAAAGCUUGGCCCCUCUAUUCUGAGGCUGUCCUUUGAUUUGAGACUCCCCCACCAUCCUCUCCACAUCUACUCUAUUGAGGCUUUCAACAUGUGAUUGGUUUCGGUCAUCUACUGAAUUCCAGUGAGUAGAGGCCCAGAGUCAUCAAACGCUCCUCAUAUGACAAGCCUUUCAAUCCCUGAAUCAUUAUUUGUGAACCUCAUUUGAAACCUCUCCAAAUUCAGUACUUCCUUUCUUAGAUAGGGGGCCCAAAACUGCUCACAAUACGCCAAGUGAGGGCUCACCAGUGCUUUAUAAAGUCUCAACAUUACAUCCUUGCUUUUAUAUUCUAGUCCUCUUGAAGGUGAGGAGAAAGGUACAACUCAAAUGGGUUAGAAAAAUCCACUAUAAUCUAUUACAGUUUUGAAACAGUUGGGGACCAAUAAGAUGGUGGCCAAGAGAUGAAAUAAUGUUUCAUGUGUGUUUCUUGACAAAGGUUACUGACUGAGGAAGGCUUUGAAAAGUGCUCCAUUGUGAAACAUCGAUCCCUUGUGUUGGCAUACACUGCUGGGUAAUCCAGUGUGUACUGGACCAGUUGGACGUCCAAACAGUGUUACAAUAAGCAAGGUGAAAAACGCUGCAAUGAUGUGUUCCCACUGAAAUUUCAUUACAGAUCUUUAACUAUUUUAAUGCUUUCUUCCUUUUCCCAUGAAUGAAUUAAA